UGUGGUGCUGGACAGAGAGCGAGAGCCUGGGGUCUGUGAAUGGACGAGGUGGAAUAAAGGUUUUAAAGCUGGUUACCUAACGGGAAAACCUCUGACUUUUCCACUGGGGGCUUAACUCCUGACAUGCACUAUGGCUAUCCCAUCUGUAAUGGUAUUGCCCCUGCUGGUGGUGGUAUUUGCUGGAAUCUACUACUUUUACAAUGAGGUCAUCCACUUCAUGUCCAAGUCCGUAGUGCGGAACAAAGUGGUGGUCAUUACAGAUGCUGUAUCUGCAAUGGGAAGUGAAUGUGCCAGGCUGCUGCAUGAAGGUGGUGCACAGUUGGUGUUGUGUGGAGCCAACUGGGAUAAGCUGGAGUCUCUCAGCGAAUCACUGUGCAGCGACACAGAUCCCAGUAAAACCUUUCCACCCAAGUUGGUGCUGCUGGACUUCAGCGAUACAGACAGCAUAGAGGAUGUGAUCACAGAGAUCAGCGAGUGCUAUGGAUAUGUGGAUGUGCUCAUAUGUAACAGCAGUAUGAAGGUCAAAGCCCCAGUACAGAACCUUUCACUGGAGAUGGACAAAAUCAUCAUGGACGUCAAUUAUUUUGGGCCCAUCACUUUGGCAAAGGGAAUUCUGCCGUUAAUGAUUGCCAGAAGAACAGGUCAAUUCGUCAUCAUUAACAGCAUCCAAGGGAGACUUGCUGUCCCGUUUCGCACCUCAUAUGCUGCCUCCAAACAUGCAGUGCAGGCUUUCUUCGACUGUCUGAGAGCAGAAGUGGAGGAGUAUGGCAUCUCUGUCAGUACGAUCAACCACACGUUUAUCAACGGUACAGCCCAGGAAGUCACUCCUUCCCAGUCUCAGCCCACCAACGCCCUGUGGGCAUACAUUUUAAGCAAGCUAUCCACUCACGGCAUUAGCCCUAAGGCCCUGGCGUGUGAGAUUGUGCGCGUGGUGAACCGGAAAAGGAGAGAGGUGCUCCUGGCCCACCCCAUCCCCUGGACUGCUCUCUACGUCCGCUCAUUCGUGCCCAGCUUCUUCUUUUCUGUGGUAGCAGCAGGGGUGAAGGACGUGGCCAUGAAUCAGCAGAUGAAAUAGAUCCAUACAUCACAUGCUAGUGAAUGACUGAGAAACGUUUGUUCUUUUAACAAUGUGUCAUUAGAACAUGGUUUGAGCUAAAGCUCUCACACUGACCUAUGACCUCUGAUGUAAUACAGAAGCAGAAGUGAUUUGGAGAAGCAUGAUUUUGGACGUAGUUAGAGCGAUUUGCUUUAAAUAUCUUGUUAUGUGCUAGAAAUUGAUUGUGUGACUAACCAUAGCCAAUUUAAGCGUGGUAUGGAUAUUAAAUUUGCAUUGUUAGCCAUUAAGUAAAAUCUAGUGUUCUUGUGCA